GAGACCUUCGUAGUCGACCCUCGUCUAAUCUUAUCGCGGCAGAAUAGAAGACGCGCCGAGGGGACAUCUUCCAACACCAACACCAACACCAACACUCAGCCGAGUCCCUCCUUGACCAGCACUCGACGCAGUCAUGUCUUCCUCUGAUCCCUUUGAGCUUUCCGAGCUACCUGCCGAAUUCGCCCAAGCAGUAGAGGCUAUCCGCAAUGCUGUCCCUCCCGCCCUGCACCGUCCCGUCUGGGGCAUCAUCUGUGGCUCCGGUCUCGCGACUCUCGGCCAAUCCCUCCUAGACAAGGUCGAAGUGCCCUACUCUUCCAUUCCAGGCUUUGCCCAAUCUUCCGUCGCGGGACACAAGAACUCCCUCGCCUUUGGCUUCAUUGCAUCCCCCUCGGGAAAGAAGGUGCCCGUAGUAGCGGCGCUAGGAAGGUUUCAUCUGUACGAAGGGUACACGCCGCAACAGUGUGUCUUCCCAACAAGGGUCAUGCGAUGUCUAGGCGCAAAGGCCAUCAUUGUCACAAACGCCUCGGGAGGCAUCAACCCCACCUACGAGGUGGGAGACAUCCUUGCACUACACGACCAUCUCUCCCUGCCCACACUCACAGCACUGAACCCGCUCGUGGGCCACAAUCUAAGUCUAGGCUCGCGUUUCCCUCCUACAUCAGAUGCGUACGAUCCCGCCCUCAGACUGGCCUUCUUCAGCGAGGCCUCCCGGCAGGGUCUGCUCAACCUCUCCAAGCCAAAGGAGGAGCAGAGCGUGCGCGAAGGCACCUACGCCUACGUCAGUGGUCCCACUUAUGAGAGUCGAGCCGAAUGCGCCGCGUUGCGUCAGCUGGGAGCAGACUGUGUAGGCAUGAGCACCGUUCCUGAGAUUCUCGCUGCGCGCCACUGUGGACUGCGAGUGCUCGCCAUUUCACUCAUUACCAACAAGGUCGUCGUCACACCCUAUGCGGAUACGUUUGCAGCACUCGUUGCUGCACAGCAAGCCGGGGGGAGUGCUGGAGAAGACGUGGGCGCAAAAGAUCAGAAGGAGGCGGCGAAUCAUGAAGAGGUUCUGGAGGUAGGCAAACAAAAGAGUGAGGUGAUCAAGAAGCUCGUGGAGGGAGUUGUGGGCAGUUUCGUCUUGUAAGAGAGCAUAAGCACAUCGUCUAGACAAAUCUCAUGCACUAGCAAACAGCGCCUCGAUCUCAUCCAG